UUAAAAGGACGUCGCCGAUCAUCACCGAGGAGACUGCGCGAGCUCUCACCCAGCCGUCUCAUGUCCCUGCAGAGGCCUGUGUGUGUGUGGUGUGUGUGUGUGUACCUGGCAGGUGUGUGCUGGAGCGAGCGCUCGGAGCCCAUGUUCGGCGCCAUCACACACGCGGUGCUGCCGCCGGACUACGAGCACAACCCCACGCAGCUCAACUACGGCCUCGCCGUCACAGAUGUGGACGGAGACGGCGACCUCGAGAUAUUCGUCGCCGGGUAUAACGGUCCUAACCUGGUGUUGAAGUAUGACCGGAGCAGGAGGAGGCUGGUCAACAUCGCCGUUGACAACCGCAGCUCCCCAUUCUACGCCCUGAGGGACCGCCAAGGACACGCCAUCGCCGUGACCGCCUGCGACAUGGACGGAGACGGGAGAGAGGAGAUCUAUGUUCAUAACACCAACAACGCCUUCUCAGGCCGUACCACAUACCCUGAUAAGCUCUUUAAGUUCCGUAACGGUCACUACGAGGAUCUGCUGACAGAUGAGGUCAACGAGCACAGAGACGUGGCUCACCGGGUGGCUGGACGAUCCGUUGCCUGCGUGGACCGCAAGGGGACAGGUCGCUACGCCAUCUACCUGGCCAACUACGCCAGUGGAGUGUGGAGUCACGCCCAGCUCAUCCCGAGGAUGGACCCGGUGACCAGUGGCGUCGGCGCGCCCGGCGUCGCGCCGCCAGCGGCCGCGGGGGAGGCCGGGUCGCUCAGAUUCACAGGCGGGCGGGGUGUGGCUGUGGGACCGAUCAUUAGUCAAACACUUCCUGACAUCUUCUGUGAUAACGAGUACGGAGGCAACUUCCUCUUCCGUAACAAUGGCAACGGAACCUUCACUGAUGUGGCUUCACAGACAGGUGUAGAGGACGCUAAGCAGCAUGGAAGGGGCGUGGCUUUGGCAGAUUUUAAUCGCGACGGGAAGAUUGACAUCGUCUACGGCAACUGGAAUGGCCCUCAUAGACUCUUCCUUCAACUGCCCAACCGCAAACACAGAUUCAAGGAUAUUGCCACAUCCAAGUUUUCCAUGCCCUCUCCUGUGAGGACGGUCAUUGCUGCUGACUUUGACAACGAUAACGAAAUGGAGGUCUUCUUCAACAACAUCGCAUACAGAGGGCCCUCCGCCAACAGACUCUUCAGGGUUUCGCGGCGGGAACAUGGGGACCCCCAGAUAGAGGAGCUGAACGUGGGGGAAGCAGCCGAACCAGAGGGACGCGGAACAGGAGCUGUUGUGACGGACUUUGACGGAGAUGGCCGUUUAGACCUGAUUGUGUCUCAUGGAGAAAGUGCAGCUCAGCCUCUAUCAGUCUACAGAGUCAUUCAGGGCUCAUCUAACCGCUGGCUGCGCGUGAUUCCGCGGACACGUUUCGGGGCGUUUGCUCGUGGGGCGAAGGUGGUUGUCUACACCAAGAGGAGUGGCCCACACACACGCAUCAUCGACGGAGGCUCAGGAUACCUGUGUGAGAUGGAGCCUGUAGCACACUUUGGACUGGGUAAAGACUUGGCGACGAGUGUGGAGGUGUUCUGGCCAGAUGGGCGCUCCAUGGCCAAACCUCUGGACCGCAGUGACAUGAACACAGUGCUGGAGGUUCUCUACCCAAAAGACCAGCACGAGCCCACCACCGCCCCGGAGAUGGAGUGUGGACACGGCUUUGCGGUGAACGAACAUGGCCGCUGCACAGAUGAAGAUGAGUGUUUCCAGUUCCCCUCAGUGUGUCCUCCUGAGCGUCCAGUCUGCACCAACACCUACGGAAGCUUCAAGUGUCGCGCCAACAAGAGGUGUAACCACGGAUACGAGCCCAACGAUGAGGGCACGGCAUGUGUGGCCCAGGUGGCGUAUUUCGGGGGGGGUCAGUCGAGCGGAGGCGGUGACGGAGGCGGCGGGGUGUGUGUUGGUGUGGAACGGAUCCUUCUGCUGCUCUCCCUACUGCUCUCAUCCCAGAUGACCUGAGAUACACUCCUCCGUCAGACUUUCUCUUCCUCCUCUCCACUCCUCCGUCAGACUUUCUCUUCCUCCUCUCCACUCCUCCGUCAGACCUCCUCUUCCUCCUCUCCACUCCUCCAUCAGACUUUCUCUUCCUCCUCUUUCUCUCCUUCCCUCUCUUCUCUCUCUGCCUUGUCCUUAGUUCAAGUUCCCUCUCUCUCUUUCACACACACACACAUACACACACACACACAGCAUGCAUUGUGACAGAGCAGGCCCUCAUAAUCCUUCAUUACAUAAAAACCCAAAGUAGUGAACACCCCUUACCCUGUCUCUCUCACACACACACACACACACACACACACACACACACACACACACAGUCAAACACUAUUAUAGUUGUUCUCCCUGUGGUUGGUGUGAGCUGUUAUGAGAAAGAAAGCCAUGUGGUAUGUGUGCAUUGUACAUUUAGAGAGAGAAGCUGAGUGUGUUAUUGAGAUUGAGGACGGCAUUGUGUUCUUCGCCUGGUUCCUGUUGGGUUCUAUGUCCUGUGUAGUUCUGCAGAGUUCCGCUCCCUCACAGGUGGAAGAACCAGACUCCGCCAGAGUCCAGUGUGACUACGGACACGGACACACACCCAGAGCCCAGUGUCGCUAUAGAAACGGACACACACCCAGAGCCCAGCGUCGCUAUAGAAACGGAUACAUCCCCAGAGCCCAGCGUCGCUAUAGAAACGGACACAUCCCCAGAGUCCAGCAUCACUGUAGAGACAUGCUUCUCCAAGUCUGGCAUCUCUAUGUAGACGGGCAGACUGCUUGAUGUUUUGGAGAGUCUGAACAAACAGUUUCAAAGUUUCAAACCAGCAUAAAUUACUGGAUAGGUCACAAACACACACACACACACACACAAACAGUCGCAUUACACAGAUGUAAAAUAAAACAUUAAAUCUUUU